AUGUCUCGGGGAAUCGCGUCUACGCAUGUGUUACCUCCAAAUCCAACCUUUGUAGACUUCGAAAGAUCAGACGGUAGCGAAGCCCAAUGGCCAACGAACACCCAGAAAGUGGUAGAUCAUGAAGGACAAGUGAACUUCAUGCGUCCCAUUCCUAUGGAUGAGAGCAUGGCCAUAAAGUGGCGACGUGAGGUUGGCAGUGCGCUCGCGAAGAAUCUGAAAAUGGCAGAUGGGCCGAAUUAUGUGCUUCGAAGCUGGCCUGAGGGCUACAAGAUGUUCGACCACAACAAAGGUGCCGAGUCUAAUCCCCGGCACGACGUGUAUCUCAUAGGAUCUACGGCUGCAAAGCGAUUUCGUUCGGUACCAGAAUUCAUACCACAUGCAAUUUGGCUAAUGCAGGAUCCUACGCUCGACCGCGCGAACUGUGCGUGUAAAUACUGUGCGAAGAAGCCCCAGCGAGAAAUCAGCGGUUCUAUGGGCCUUACACAAAAACAUUCUACUGGGUCUGCAACUCCCUCUCGUGCUGGUGCCGUACGUAACGUUAGGAAUCGCGAACAGCGCGACAAGGCUAGACCGUAUGCUUCAGUUCGGCGAGCGCCUAAGCCUGUCAAGUUGCCACAAGGACCCAAGCAGUCUAUGAUACGCGAAAGAAAUAACGAUCUCAGGGCUGCAUAUGGCCAGAGUAAGACACAGUUCAGAAGAUGGUUUCGAGAAGGCGAGCUGCUGUGGUGUGUACUAGAUUCUCCCAUACGUGGUAUUAUGGGCGAAGAGGAUGCCAUUGCAUUCUGGCCUGGUCUGGUGGAGGAGGUGAAGUUAAAAACCGAACCGAUAUUACGUUCUGAAACUGCGUCAACAAUGGAUGUUGAUGCUACUGCUGCCACUUCACAAGCACCGCAAGGUGUAGGCGAUCAGUCUGGGGUGAUCCCGGAUGGGAAUGAAGGAUCUGAGGUUCCUUGGACUGUCCGCCAGUAUACUUUGUACAAGGUAAAACUGCUUGGUAUCUCGCAGACUUAUUAUUCUGCCGAUCAUGGGGUGCUUCCGUACCAAGCUUAUGCACCUUCACAUGAAUUAUUGCAAUUAUUGCAAGAUGUCCCCCUCGAAGCUAUCAACACCAGCACAGAAAGCUUAGCAGCUUUCAACCCCUGUCCGACGUCAGUUCCGACUACUACUAGUGUUGGCACUUCGGAACCCCACAAUAAAGCCAGGUUUGUGGAUGCUGUCGCACCUUACUCUCUAGCAAUCCAAAUCGCGGCCAGUUUGGCUGGUUUCUGGACCCCAACAGACGAUUGGGAAUACAAAUUUUCUCCAUCGCUUUCGUCCGGUUCUUCUUAUACUCCUCCAAUAAUUGAUGGACAGGUGCAAACUCUACACUCGGUGCUGACUGCCACGAUGUCGCAAAACGACACCUUUCACAACUCCGUUUCUGAAACGAGUUCUAUUUCUGCCCCUGUUUUUGCUCCCAGUCCCCUCGCGUCCAUUCCAACCGUAACUCAGACACGAUAUCAGGGUCUCUGGUGGGGCGCAGAACGCAUCUGGACCGAUGAACUCGUUAGAUUAAAGGUUGCGCGGCGACAGAUUGCUCCUGAUGGCGCCGAAAACAUUUAUCCACCCGCAGGCCCAUCAAAAUCUUCCAUAGAAUACCAAACACGGAUGGCUCUCGCGGAUCCAGACAGCUCGGAAUUCGAUGCCGGUGGGCGAGGUUUGUUCAUGAGGCUAGAUGGGCUUUUCGUCGUGGAAGUUCCUCGAGAUAACGGGCUGGGCUCCAAAAAGGAAUGUAGGGCUAGCGGGAUGUUGUUUGAACUUGCUGAUGAAGAUUGGGAAGAGCCCGGGGGUGACAAGGGUAGAAUGAGCGAGGAGGCGGCGAACGGAUCAGGAUCCUCAUCACACGUGCCAAACGGCAAUGCGAUGCAAGGAACUAACCCCUUGACCUCUGUAUCAGUGCCCAACUCUGCAGCGAUGGUGACAGACUCUGCCGUUACUUCCACUUCUCCGGCAAACGGUAGUUCCCAAAGCUUGCCACCUCCCGCCCAGCAAGACCAGUCUUCGAGCGAGCAACUCUCACAUCCUAUCUUAUCAUCUCCUUUCCUGCUCCCGGACCCUCCGAAGGGCUUCAAGUUUAGGCCCAUCUUACCUCCAGGCCACGAAGCUGUGAUAUCGUUGACUCUUAUCAGUGGAAGAUAUUACCCUGGGAUUUUGGCACAUCCACUCCUUUCGUCUACCGUUGAACAUGCGUUGUGUGUAGCACCUGAUGGUGGAGGAUUGCACGACAGUGGACAUCUAUGGGCCCUAGAAGGUUUGGCCCCUGGUUUCUACAACGCUGUGGAUCCAACGCGAUGGAAGCCUUCCAGACUGAUUAUGUUGAGGGAAGCUGACAAGGAGGCUCGGGGUGGUUUGUACGAACACUGGAACGCAAGGGCCAGGGAGAAGGCUGAAAAACUAUCUACGCAACAACAAGGUCCUGAACUUUCUCCCAUGGAGAAUCGAGCACAAUCACAGAUUGAAUCACAGUCCAUGAAUGUUGAUAUCCCUUACAACCAACCUCAUCAAGCACAAAGUAGUACUAUAUUAGCAACGUCUUGA